AUGUGGACAUGAUAAUUCAUGGUUGGACUUUGAGGUGUGCAACUGGUGCCAAGUUGCAUCACAAGAUUAAAAAAACGAGGCCUAAAAAGACCCCCAUUAAUGGUGGUGUGAUAUUAACCACUGCCCAUAUCUUCAUGGGGUCCCCAAAGAUAAUAACAUUGAUACCUAUCAUAAAAAAGUAAACACCUCAUAAUCAUUCAUCUCCUUCCUCCUCUUUGUAAUCCAACAAGAAAUGGAAACAGUCAACAUGGCUGGGUACAAUAGAACAAGCGAACUCAAAGCUUUUGACGACACAAAAGCCGGUGUUAAAGGCCUCGUCGACGGUGGAAUCACGAAGGUUCCUCAGAUAUUUCAUCAACCACCAGGUAAACUCAAGAAAAUCCCAGUUUCAAACGAUUCCCAGUUCAGUAUACCGGUCAUAGCCCUUGAAGGAGUGAAGGGAGAUCCGACUACUCGAAAGGAAAUAGUGGAUAAAGUCGGGGACGCUGCUUGUGCGGAUUGGGGUUUCUUUCAAGUCAUCAACCAUGGGAUUCCAGCCAGUGUUUUGGAUGAAAUGAUUGAUGGGAUCCGUAAGUUUCAUGAACAAGACACUGAGAUAAAGAAAGGGUUUUAUACACGCGAUCCAUCUCGCAAGGUGUUGUAUCUAAGCAACUACGAUUUGUUCAAAUCCAAAGCUGCUAAUUGGAGGGACAGCUUGGGUUGUGUCAUGGUUUGUGACAAUCCUCUUCAACCUGCAGAUUUGCCUCAAGUUUGCAGAGAUAUAGUGAUGGAUUACACCAAGCAAGUAAUGACAUUGUCAUUCACAUUGCUUGAACUCCUGUCCGAGGCUCUUGGGGUUAACCCUGGUUGCCUUAAAGAUAUGGGUUGCGCUGAUCUUAUGUUCCUUAUGGGGCAUUAUUAUCCUCCAUGUCCUCAACCAGAACUAACAAUGGCAACCACUAAUCACAAAGACAGUAACAUCAUCACCGUUCUUCUCCAAGAUCAAAUGGGUGGUCUGCAAGUUCUUCAUCAGAAUCAAUGGGUUGAUGUUCCCUGCAGACCCGGAGCUUUGGUUGUUAAUGUUGGAGAUCUUCUACAGCUCAUCUCGAACGACAAGUUCAAAAGUGUGAAUCACAGGGUGUUAGCGAAACGAACAGGGCCUAGGAUAUCGGUGGCAUGUUUCUUGAGGAUGUCGGAAAAUGGAUCGAGACUUUAUGGACCGAUCAAGGACUUGUUGUCUGAGAACAAUCCCCCGAUCUACAGAGAUAUCUUGAUCAAGGACUAUUUGUCGGAAUACUACUCGAAAGGGCUCGAUGGUACCGGUGGACUUCCGAAUUUCAAGCUGUGAAAAUCGGUCUACAUAAGAUCAGUGCAGCCAAGAAACUUGAGAAUUGCAGCAGAGAUAAUGGUUCUUACUUCUUAGUUACUUUUUGAAUAAAUUUUUAUAGAUAUGGUUAUAAGUGUAUGAUGUUCUGCCUUCUAAUUAUGGUAACACGAUGUAUAAUACAUAAUUACACACUGACUUUGCUUUGAUAUGGAAUAAUAUGGCAAAAUUUCGGACA